AUGUAGCUUUCGAAUUUCUAAGACGAUUUAAUACAAAAUGAGCACUCAAAUAUACGUGUCCCUUCCAUCAUUAAGUCUUAAAUUUCAAACAAAAAUAGUAGUAUCUGUUUAACUUACACAGCCAUAAGUUAAAAUAACUCCUCAAAUAUAUAAUAAUUAUAGAUGAAUUAAUCGGUUUCUGAUUAGUAAUAAUAUAGAUUACAACUUUCGGCAAACAUAAAGGGAUUAAUCAUUUAGCUAGAUGAAGAAGAAUUAAUUGAAUUAAAGGAAAAAAUAAUAAAUAAAAUAAAAAAUACUUUAAAAUUAGAUAACUUUAAGUAUGAACUUAAAUUUCCAUAAAUUCAAGCAAAAGCUUUAGCUAAUGGUUUGAUGAACUUAAGAGACGAACAAGUUAAAAAAGACGUUGACUAAUGGUUAAACCAAAAUAUUUUUUCUAAAGUUUAUUAAGAAGAAAGAAAUAAUUAACUUCAUAUUAAUAAAUAUGAUUAUAUUCGUUACUUUUACUUUAAAAACUCAGAGAGUUUCAAAAAAAAUAAACCAGAUGUAGACUAUGGCUAAAAAAUAGUUAAGUACAAAAACUAAAUUACUGUUUUGAUAGGAAUAAUUGAAAAUUUUUUAAAUUAACCUUUGCAAUAUUUUAAAAUAUUUGAAUAGUUCAAAUAGCAGUAUGAUAAAUUUUAAUCAUCUAAUCUAGCAUAAGAAAUAUAAGGAGAUCAUGUCUAAGAGCUAAUGAAUUAUCUACUUUACCUCACGAAAUUAAGAUUGGAUUAAAAUUAAAGCCCAAAUAUUACCUUUGAAGUAAAUUAAAAGCUAUACCUAUAUUUAAAUUCAAAGAAUGAACCUCUUGAAGUGAUGAUGAAAUUUAUCAAAUACCUCUUAUAGACUCAUAAAAUUACAUACUAGUAAGAAGAUAUGGAAAUAUUCUGGAGAGCCUUUAAAGUAUCAGUGAUCUCCUAUUUCGAAUCUGAAUCACUUUAAACAGGAAACAGCUAACAAUAGGAAAUGUAAUUAAGUAUUGUUUUUGAAAAUAUAAGGUCAGAUAAAUAUGAUUUUCUCAAUGCCUACUUACUCUACGACAGCAUGUUUUAAGAUUCAUUUAGAAGUAUCCCUUUGAAAUGCUUAAACUGUAAAAUAGAUAAUCUAACUUCUAUUAAUUAUGUAAAACCACUAUCAAAUGAAGGAAGAUUAUGCUAUAAGUGCUGCUAAUAAUGA